AAUGUGUUGGCCCCAGACGGGUUUGAAUCGACUGCCUUUUUCUUAAUUUGUAAUUAGAACCAUGGAAAAGGAGCCAAAGAAAGAUAUUGCUCUCGAGGAGUCUUUCCCGCUGAGCUUCGGAAAGGUCCAGAGGCGAAGUUUUUCCUGGUACUAUGCGCCUUCAUUUAUUCUCCUCUGGGUAGCUCUGUUUUAUGCCAUUGUGAUACCACUUUACAACCGACUCCCGGACAGGAUAACCGUCAGCCAGGAGUCCCUGCGGCCAGGGGAGUUUGUGGCAGAACGAGCUCAAAGGCAGCUCCACGAUUUCGAUAGGAUCGGGCCCAAGGUGGUUGGCAGCUUUGCCAACGAAGUGACAACUGUGGCGUUUCUAUUGGACGAAGUGGAGAAGAUUCGCGCUGAAAUGAAUAGUGAUAUCUAUGAACUGGAGGUGGAUGUCCAGUCGCCGACAGGGAGCUAUGUGUUCAACGAAAUGGUGAAUAUGUACCAGGGUAUUCACAAUGUGGUGGUAAAGCUGAGUUCCAAGGACUCCCCCAGUCAGUCCUAUUUGCUAGUCAACAGUCACUUUGAUUCGAAGCCCUCGAGUCCGGGCUCUGGAGAUGAUGGCACCAUGGUUGUGGUCAUGUUGGAGGUCCUGCGACAAAUGGCGAUAUCAAGGACUCCAUUCCAACAUCCCAUCGUGUUCCUGUUCAACGGAGCUGAGGAAAAUCCCCUCCAGGCUUCCCAUGGCUUCAUUACGCAACACAAAUGGGCGCCGAACUGCAAGGCCUUUAUCAACCUAGAGGUGGCUGGUAGCGGGGGACGUGAUAUUCUAUUCCAAAGUGGGCCCAAUAAUCCUUGGCUCAUGAAGUAUUAUAGGAAGCAUGCGAAACAUCCAUUUGCCUCCACGAUGGCCGAAGAGAUUUUUCAGAGUGGAAUUCUACCCUCUGACUCAGAUUUUCGUAUUUUUCGAGACUUUGGAAAUAUACCCGGGGUGGACAUUGCCCAGAUUAGCAAUGGUUAUGUUUAUCACACCGUGUUCGACACCUACGAGGCGGUGCCAGGACGAUCUGUGCAAAACAGUGGAAACAAUGUCCUGGCAUUAGUACGGGCUUUCUCAAAUGCCAGUGAAUUGAAUGAAACAGAGAGUGACGGUAGCCAUGCUGUGUUCUUUGAUUUUCUGGGACUUUUCUUCGUCUACUACACAGAAACCACGGGAAUCGUAUUGAAUUGUGUGAUUGCCGUGAUAAGUCUGGUGCUUGUUGGCUUUUCCAUUUGGAAAAUGUCCAAAAAUUCGGAGGAGGUGUCCCUGAAACGGAUAUCGAUUUGGUUUUCCAUUAUCCUGGCCCUCCAUGUGGUGGGAUUCCUCCUCUGCAUCUGCUUGCCCCUUCUAAUGGCUGUCCUGUUCGAUGCCGGAGACCGUUCCUUGACUUAUUUUACCAGCAAUUGGUUGGUGAUCGGCCUCUAUGUGUGUCCGGCCGUUAUUGGCCUGGUUCUUCCCCUGGCUCUUUACUUCACCUUGCGGCCCAAUGAGCAACUGUGUCAUGGUUACCAUUUGCAAUUGGCCUUGCAUGCUCAUUUAGUGGUUAUGGCUCUUCUGGCCAUAAUUUUGACUGCCGCGGGCUUACGUUCUCAGUACUUGUGCCUAAUAUCGAUGAUAUUCUAUGGGGGAGCACUUUUGAUCAACCUGCUGAGCACUCUCCAUGAUCGCGGUAAAUAUUAUUGGGCCCUCAUUGUCACUAUUCUUCAGGUAUUACCUUUCUGCUACUUUUGCUAUGCUUUCUAUACCUUUCUAGUGAUAUUUUUCCCCAUUAUGGGGAGGAAUGGCGCCAGCACGAAUCCUGAUUUAAUCAUAGCCCUAACCUGCGGCUGUUGCACCUUUUUUGCUUUGGGAUUUGCUGCACAAUUUAUAAACAUUUUCCGAUGGCCAAAAUUAAUCCUGCUAGGUUUGGGAGUAGUCACCUUUAUCUUUUGCAUGAUUGCCGUUUCGGAAGUGGGUUUCCCCUAUCGGGCUAAGACUAAUGUGAUGAGAGUUAAUUGUUUGCACACGCGGCGUAUUUUUUACGAGUAUGACGGUUCUGUGAGUCAUAGUGAUUCCGGAUACUACUUCGAUUACCAGGAUAGAAGGGCUCUGGAUCCUGUCAAGGACUCUGCGCUGAACUUAACUGGUCUGAAAGCCGUAAAGCCAGAUUGCGAUGAGUACGUCAUGUGCGGAAUUCCUUGCUUCUACUACAGUUGGUGCCGAUGGCGGGAAUAUGACGGAUGGCUGACCCGCGAAUCGGAGGUCAUUCUGCCAGGAGAAUUGAACUUUGAAUUUUUGGGAAAAACUAUUUUUGAGGUCAACAGAACCGCCAGGUUCGAGUUCCAAAUGAGUGGCCCACCUCACAUGAAUGUAUUCAUCCAGCCGGUGGGGUCAGCGGAGGUCUCCGACUGGUCCUUUGUGAGGAAAAUGCUGGACGAACCGGAGGAGUUCGAACCCCCAUACCAGAUAUAUUUUUCCUACGGAACAGAUAGUACCCCAUUACGUUUUCACAUUGAUAUUUGGAAAUCUGAUGGGGACUUCGAUGGACCCGUCCUGGAAAUUGCUGGAGUGGGCCAUUUUGUUAAUUACGAUUUUGAACGAGAUGCGGAAUCUCGGAAAUUCGUGUCGGAUUUUCCAAACUUUGUCCAUGUCAUGGAAUGGCCAUCAAUAUUUAAACGCUACAUUUUCUAAUGCCUGUGUAAAUGUUAUCUUUCCACAAAUUUUACCAAUAAACUGCCAUUCAUAACCUGCCAAAAAGUG